CCGAGCGGCGCCGAGCGAGGCGGCCGGACCGGAGCACCCAUGCUGCUGACGCUGGCUGGGGGCUCCCUCUUCUUCCCCGGGCUCUUCGCGCUCUGCACCUGGGCGCUGCGCCGCUCGCGGCCCGAAUGGACCAACUUCGACUGCGUGAUGAUCAGCACCAGGCUGGUUUCUUCAGUGCAGGCUGUGUUGGCCACCGGGUCGGGGAUCGUCAUCAUGCGCUCCUGCAGCGACGUGAUCAAUGGCAGGCACUGGCUUGCCCGAGAAUAUGUCUGGUUUUUGAUUCCAUACAUGAUCUAUGACUCCUACGCCAUGUACCUCUGUGAAUGGUACCGAACCAGAGACCAGAACCAAGACCAAUCUACCACUUUUCGAAACUUCCUAAGUCAAAAUCGCCUCAUGAUCACACACCAUGCAGUUAUUCUGUUUGUCCUUGUGCCAGUCGCCCAGAGGCUCCGGGGAGACCUUGGGGACUUCUUCAUUGGCUGCAUCUUCACAGCAGAACUGAGUACUCCAUUUGUGUCACUGGGCAGAAUUCUGAUUCAGCUAAAGCAGCAGCACUCCCUUCUGUACAAGGUGAAUGGAAUCCUCACACUGGCCACCUUUCUUUCCUGUCGGAUCCUUCUUUUCCCCUUCAUGUACUGGUCCUAUGGGCAACAGCAGGGACUAAGCCUGCUCCAAGUGCCGUUCAAUAUCCCUUUCUACUGCAACGUGGCCAAUGCCUUCCUCAUCGCUCCCCAGAUCUACUGGUUCUCUCUGCUGUGCAGAAAGGCAGCCCGGCUCUUUGAUACUCCCCAAGCUAAAAAGGGUGGUUAAUAGCUUCCAGGAGUCAGGCAGUGAGGGUGCCUCCUCACAUUCGCUGCCUCCUCUGCUCGGUAUUCCACGGACCAAAUUGUGCCCUGGGUGGCCUCAGCCUUUUGGGUAUUGAUAAGCAGAUGGAUUUGAGUUUUUCUAAAGAAUAUUCAUAUUACCUCCCUCUUCUAACCUGCCCCUUUGCAAAAGCACUUUUUUCUUAAUAACAAUUAUUGGAUCCCGUCAGACCUCCAUUGGCAGCAAGGUGGUUUUAAUGCAAGCCCAAGGAUCCUUCUUUGGGUCUUAUCUCAAGAGCUUUGUCUGGGAGGUAGAAGCAUGGGGCAUGCAGAUUGGUGGACCAGGGUGUAAGUGUCUGGGCACCCACUGGCCCUGAUAUUGGUGGCUACCCAUCUCUACAACCACUCAGGACAGUAUCCACAGUACUGGGUCAGCAGAAGCAAGUAAUGAUUUGGUUCUUGAAAUAAUGUCUUCUUGCAAAAUUGGCCUGGGAAAAUCAUUGUGGAUAGGUAGUUUUUUUAUAGGUUACUAGAUAACCCAUUGGUUCUUUGCCUUAUCCUUUCAUCUAUGUGUCAACUUUGAAUUCUCAUGUCUACUGACUUCUGACCAGAAGUCUCUAUGGCAGGGGGUAGGAGGCAGGGAUGGGAACCUGAAGCACUUGAGUUGGUAGGGUGGCCAAAAGAGAUCAGCACGACCUUUGCAGACUGAAUUGGCAAAAAGACCAGUGUCAAACUUGUGAGCUCGUUGCAACCAAAUACUAUCCCCUUUUUAGCAUGUUCCCUCAUGCCCAACUUUCCCCAUAUCCACACACACAGGAUGUUCUCAUGAAAGUAGGGGCAAAGUGAAAUGACGACUUUGGUAGCUAUUUACAGGGUAGCCUCACUCUUUGACACUGUUCUUUUUGUAUGAAUUGGAAACGGACUUCUAUACUCCAAACCUUGAUGUCUCAUCUAGACUGUGGAGGACUUUUCCCAGAGCCUCCUGAUAAGCCAGAGUUGUGGUCCAAAGCCCAUCCUAUGUGAGUGUACUGCCAUUUAGCCAUAGAAGGCUGGGGAGCAAGAGGGCAGCCAGCCUGGCCAAAGUAUGUCCUGUGGACUGACGCCUUCUCCCCCAUUUGCAAAUAGGAUCCUCUGGUGCCAACACUGAUCAUUCCUUAUCACCUAAGUGGGUUUGAGAGACUGUGCUAUCAUGACAUUGUCUUCAAGUGGUAGUGAAAAAUUAGAAAUUUUAAAGUGCCUUUUAAUUCAUUGUCCAUGAAUUUUUAAAGGACUGAAUAUGUGUCUCAAAUUUUGACUUUCAGUCUUUAAUG